CGAGAGAGAGAGAGAGAGGAUGCGGCGCUUUCGGCCGCCGGUGGAGCCCGAGGAAUCGAUUCUUCAAAAAACAAAAAUAAAAAGUAAUCCAAAAUUAUAAUCCCAAGUCCCAAACGGACACUUAAGAUCAGUCGCGCCAAGUCCCAACAAAUUCUUCUUCUUCUUCUACUUCUUGUAUUCUUCUUUGUUUCUCGAUCUCGUGUUGAUCUGGCUUUGGUUGCCGAGCAACUCUCUGUUACAUCACAUGCUUCUCUCUCCCUCUUUGAAACUGAAGAUUUCUUCUUCUCUCCUUGAAUAUUAGGUCUCACAGAAAUUGAAAAAUGUUUAGAAGAGUCCUCUCUGGGAAGAGGAAAACCGGAUCUGUCCCUGUAUAUCUCAAUGUCUACGAUCUCACUCCUAUUAAUGGCUACGCUUACUGGUUCGGCCUCGGCGUUUACCACUCCGGUGUGCACGUUCAUGAAGUGGAAUACGCAUUUGGGGCUCAUGAUUUUCCGACGACGGGGAUUUUUGAAGGGGAACCGAAGCAAUGCCCUGGAUUCACUUUCAGGAAAUCGAUUCUGAUUGGGAGAACAGAUUCAGGUCCCAAAGAAGUCCGAGCAUUGAUGGAGGAGCUGGCUGAGGAGUACACUGGAAACACUUACAAUCUCAUCACCAAGAACUGUAAUCACUUCUGCAACGACGCUUGCAUCAGAUUGACUGGAAAACCCAUCCCUCGUUGGGUUAAUCGACUUGCCAGAAUCGGUUUGUUAUGCAAUUGUGUUCUUCCGGCGGGUUUGAAUGCUGUGAAGGUUCGGCAUCAAAGAACGGAAGAUGGGCCUUGUGAAGGAGAAAAGAAGCAGCUGAGAAGCCGUUCAAGUAGGUUUGUCUCUACCUCUUCCUCUUCGAAUUCUGAUACAUCGUUGUCUGGUUCUGUAAGCAAAAGUGGUAGACUCAGACGCCAUUUACUUCCAUCUUCGCGUGUGAUUCUUACUUCUUCUCCAUCCUUAAAGCUGUAAUGGCGUAAUCCAUUUGAUAACUUCAGUUUUUUCCCCCUUCCUCAGCCUUCCAAAAAGGAAAGAGAAAGAGAAAGAAUUUUUUUUCUUCUUCUUUUAGGGUUCUUGAAUCUUCAUUGCUUCUGCUUUGUAAUUGAGCGCUUUUGUGUAAAAAUUUCAUCUUUCUGAGAAAAAGCUUUCAAUUUUCUUUCA